AUGAAUGUCGAAGAGGAUGAAGUACUGAGUGACGCACCUGCGGAUGUUCAGUCCUGUUCCUCUUCCAUCCUCAACACCCCGACUCGUUGUGAGUCGCUAGAGGAUGAUAGUGACGAAAGUAACGUCACUACAAAAACUGAACCUAAAGCGCUAGAUUCAGCCGAGGUCCACUUUUCGUGGAAGAAAAACCUCACCAAGGGUCAGAGAAGGAGGCUGAAGAACUUGGUCGCAGCCGGGAUCCCUGCAAAGGAAGCUCGGCAGCAAGCACUGAGUCAGCACAUCUCUGGACCAGCAAAACGCCCCCGAGGAUCGGAACUACCUAGUAGUGACGAAAAACCGAUUCUCAAAAAAUCCAAACAAAAUCUCUGCCCCCGUAAAAGAGCGGGGUUGAACGAGCAAAAAAAAGAUGCUCGAAACACUCUUCAAAACAAAGACUCCACAAUAACUUCUGUCGAAACUGGAAUCUCCUUCAAGGAAGCUUUGGAACAGAUCAAAGUUGGAAUACUCCCGGAGGACUAUCCCAACACCGAUCUUACUACGGCUCAGUUAGAUUCCAUCCAGAAUUCUCUACUCACUGCAAUAGAGCAACAAAGAAACGAGCCGGUUAAGCCCAAAUUUUUCAAUUGCUCGUAUAAGUCAGGUUAUCUAAUCCUUUCGUGCAAAGAUCAUCAAACUUCGGAAUGGUUGAAGAAAGUGGUUCCCGGGAUAAUCCUAGACGACAACAUCAAACUGGUUGCUCUAGACGCCAAAAAUAUUCCGCGUCCAGAAAUUCUCCAUGCCUUUUUCCCACAAAGCGCAACAUUCAGCGACGAGAGACUCAAAAGCCUCAUUGAGAGUCAAAAUGAAAAUCUCUCCACCGAUAAAUGGCGAAUACUAAAGAGAUCCAAUCCCAACGAAAUUCACGCGGACUGGACGCUAACAGUCGACGAAGCUUCGAUGCGUCAACUAACUAGCACAAACUUCAACAUAAACUUCCGAUUUGGCGAAACUAAGCUGAGGAAAACAAAUCCAAAGCAGCGCCAAGUCAUAAUCCAUAAAAGCUCCGGUGUAUUCAAAGGAGAUCUGGGGCCAAAAAACGAGGAACCUAAAAAUUCCAAAAACCCAGGAAACCUGAAGUCUUCAGAGACUAGUGACUCCAAAAUAGUGGAACCACAAAAAACUCAAGAAGUCGGCAGAAGGGUUUCUGGAAAACCAAAGCGCCCUCGUGAAGAUUCUCCGAAAAACAAGAAGCUUGGCAUCCUGAGUAUUCCCGGCCCAAGCGGUACGAACUCAAUGGUUAUCGCAAACAGGUUAGGAACCUCGAUUGUGCCAAGUAAAAAAGAUGGGACUCCGAUCCUCCCAAAUGAACCACCAGAUCGGAUAACCCAACCUAAUGCAGAACACUAAAGUUCUGCAAAUAAACCUCCACCACGCCAAAGCAGCGUCGAGCGUGCUAUCCAGGAGGUUUACAAAAGACGCUGUGGAUCUAGCUCUUAUACAAGAGCCUUGGGUUCACAAAGGAAGAAUACUAGGUAUUCAAACAGGUUCAUGUAAGUUGUUCUAUGAUGACAAGCAUGACUCCCCAAGAGCUGCUGUCUUAGUAAAUGCAAACAUUAAAUGCUUUCCUAUUACAGAGUUCAUUCAAAGGGACAUCGUCGCGAUCAGAGUGGAAGUUCCU